AUGCAGGAAUUCCCUUGGCACACAGAUUGCAGCUACGAGCACGCCCCACCACGGUUUUUUGCGCUACAAGUUCUCCAGCACGAUCGCUACGGUGGGGGCACCCUCUCUGUCAUGAAGAUCGACCGACUGAGCCAGUUCCUCUCUCCUACCACCAAGGCCGCUCUACUCGAACCGGAAUUUCAGAUCACCAUUCCACCAGAAUUCAUUAAACACCCAGAUCAACGUCACAUUGUGGGUAGCCUAUUUGCCAUCGACACGGAAGACCAUUGUCUGAUGAUGCGAUACCGGGACGAGAUUGUGACGCCUUUGAGCGCCAGGGCAGCUGCGGCGCUGAAGGAGCUGAAGGGCGCGUUACAGGACAUGGAGGCAUUGUCGCAAUCGACGCUGCAUCUUACUGCAGCUGAUUUACCGGAAAGAUCGAUCAUUCUACUCGAUAAUUACCGGUGGCUGCAUGCGCGGAAUGGAAUCAAGGACCCAGCGAGGCAUCUGCGUCGGGUGAGAUGGAAUGCUAUUCCGUUUGCUAAUGGCGUCGUUUCGCAUUCAGCCGAGGUUUCCAGUACCUGA